AACUUUAUUGAUCUCCAUGACGAGAAAGGGGAAGUCCAGUAGCAAGAUUACAACAUCCCUUUAUAAGUGAAAAAUGACACUUAGCCCAGUCUUGUUUGUAAAAUGGGUGCAGUGAUGCAUGACCUUUAAAAACAGGUAGAACAUGAUGCCCUGCCCUCCACUAAUAAAUAAAAGCAAAUUAUAAUGUCCCUCUAAUUUACAUUAUGCAUGAUGUCACAGUAAAGUCAUAUUCUGUACUUUUAUCCUGGGCAGUGAGUUUUAAGGUUCUUCUCCAUGUGUCUCUCCUAAAGAAAAAGAAGAAGGACAAUUAUUUAUUGAGGUUGUAAGAAACCUGCACAAUCACUGGUAGCAAUACACUCAUGUGAUGGACCACGUGUUUGGAUGCACCAUGUCAGAAGUUUUAUAUUGACUAUAGCUAAUGAGCACACUCUUCAUCAUCAGUGAUAAAAUGUGCAGCAGUAGGUAGCUGUGUAAUGUUAUCUCUGCCAAAGAGACCAUGUCAGCGUGCCCCGCUAGCCUACUGCUUAAGAAGCUUGCCACAUAACCACAACAUCCGCAGUUCAUCCAGCGGGUCCUUGUUGCAUGUCACUCCCCCAUCUCUCUCUCUCCCUCGUUUCCUGUCCAAUCUUUCCACUGUCACUGCGAUAAAGGCUUAAAAUACUCCUAAAACAUGUAUUUUAAGAGGUCAUAUUUUUGAUCCUUCUUGUUCCAGAGGGACAGCUGAAAAGCAGAACCAGAUUUCAAUAAAAUUUGGAGAAAGUUGUGCCAUGGGACAAGAAGCAAGGGACAAUAGGAGCGUUCUCGGUUUUCUCAUAAGGGAUAAAGAGAUAAUGAACUAAUUCCCAGACUUUGCACUGUUACCACAGCCAAAUUUCAGAAAAGAAUCACAGAACAAACAACAUAAGCACACUCUGAGGUAGAUUAUAAAUAAUAAAAACAUAAAUAACAAAAAUCUUAACUAGAAACUAAACUAAAACUAAAACCAUAUAUCUUUUAUAGGCAUAUACACAGGUAUGUAAUACCAAAAAUACAAAAAAUGUUGAAAUUGCAAGUAGAUAUUGUUAAAUGACCAGAUGAAAAAGAAAUAAAUAUGACUCUGCCCUGUCCCAACAUGUACAAGACUUUUAUAUAUUGUGCGAUGACAACUGCCAGGAAUGGCUUCUUGUAGAGUUUCUUGUCAGACCAGUGGAGAGGGAGACCUUGUCUAUGAUGUUUAACAGUUUGUGCAGCCUCCUCCUCUCCACAACCAACUCCAAGGGCUCCAGAGGAGUCCCCAGCACAGAGCCAGCCUUACUGAUCAGUUUGUUCAGUUAGUGUCAGUGAUGCCCCAGCAGACAGUUGUGAAGGAUAUUGCACUAGCCAGAACAAAUCCACUGCACUAAACUCAAUGAGAAAAUCUGGCAUGGCAAUGUAUCCCAUCCUUUUCUGUCACUGAAUGUUUGAUGCAGAUCUAGAAUUUGUUCUACUGUUUCAAUUACCAAUUUAGAGGACUGUACUACAUCGUUAGAGUGCUCAAAAAAUGAAAUCUGCUUUUUUCUGUUUGAUAAAUGAUUGUUUUCACGUGUUGAUGGAUGAGAACUUGUGAAGCUGCAGUUACAAUCAGUACUGUAAUCAGUAACUUCUUUGACUAAUUGAUCUACAAAUUUCCAACAUUUCUCAGAAUCCAUAUCAUUAAAGAAAAUAUCAAAUCAACUGAAACAUGAACCAAAUAUCCUUAAAUUCUGCCUGUUUUAGUGAUAAUUAAGUCUGAGAUGGGUGACUGAAAUAUUCCCUUACAGUCUUUACAUUACCUCUAGACAUGUUUUAAACAUCAGAGAAUUUGUGUGCAUGAAUGUAAAAAACGCUUAUGAAAAAAAAAAUCAUGAUACACACAAGGAGGUAUUUGAAUUAUUAAAUCAAAAUCGUGUAAAUGUUUGCAGGUUUAUCUGAAUUAAGUGAAAUGUGUGGACCCAAAGAGUACUGACAGUCACCUGGGAGCUCAUCAGUCUGAUUAUUACCAAUCAAACAAGAUCCCAGCCAUCAACAAUCAAUCAAAAGUGAUGGGUGUAAAUGAAAAUGCUGUCUGUCUUGUUCUAACUUCAGAUUUUUCUCCAUAGUUUUCUUAUCUCCUUAAUGACAGAGAUUAUCUACCCGGUCAAAACGUAUGGGUCCUUCACUUGAUUUAUCGCUCAUUUCUUCCUGGUUAAUGCUCUGUGCUAAACAAGGGCCAAAAGCAGGUGUUGGCCUGGCCACAGUUGUUAUCUCCUUCGUCUUCUCCACGUACUACAAUGUGCUCAUGACUUGGGCACUUUUCUAUCUCUUCAACUCGUUUGGAGCAACACUCCCCUGGAAGUCUUGCAACAGCACCUGGAAUAACGUUGGAAACUGUUCUACUGGUUUCCGUGGCAACAACACCCACCUGCAGUCCGCCAGCCAGCAGUUCUUUGAUCACAAACUUCUGGAGAAAUCCGGUGGUAUUGAAGAAGCUGGUGGUCUUCGCUGGGAACUCUUUGGCUAUCUCAUCUUUGCCUGGGUCAUUGUGUAUUUAUGCAUAUUUAAAGGAGUCAAAUCCACUGGCAAGGUUGUGUAUUUCACUGCUAUAUUUCCGUACUUCAUCCUGUUUGCCCUGCUCAUUAAUAAUGUGCAGCUUCCUGGAGCCAAGAAGGGUAUCCUCUACUUUGUGACGCCUGUCUGGAGCAAACUGUUUGAAGUUAAGGUUUGGGUUAAUGCAGCUGCCCAAGUGUUUAACUCUCUUGGAAUUGCUUUUGGCUCCAUGAUUUCGAUGGCUAGUUACAACAAGUUCAACAACAACAUUAUCAGAGAUGCUUUGAUUGUAUCAUUUACCAACUCGUUCACAAGUAUCCUAGCUGGCUUUGUGAUCUUCUCAGCUAUUGGCUACAUGUCUCACAUACAUAACCUCCCAGUGGAAAACAUAUCUACAGGUGGUCCUGGUUUGGUGUUUGUUGUGUACCCUGAAGUCCUCUCCACCAUGCCCGUCUUUCAGUUGUGGGCUCCUCUGUUCUUCAUCAUGCUGCUGUGUCUCGGCCUGGACAGCCAGUUUGCUACAGUUGAGGUGGCUGUGACAUUCAUAAAGGAUGAGUUUGGCCCCAAAAUUCUGCGUUUCCUAAAGAGGGAAGAGCUGCUGACCCUGGCUGUGUGCGCCAUCUGUUUUCUCCUUGGGAUACCACAUGUUACUAAGGGAGGUAUCUAUGUGUUUCAGCUGAUGGACCACUACACAGCUGUGGUUUCCCUCGUGUUCCUGGCUUUCUUUGAAGUUGUAGCUGUCUGCUGGAUCUUCGGUGUCCCACGCAUCUCUUUUAUGAUUGAGAGGAUGCAAGGAAAAUCUGCAAAUAUCUACUUUCGCGUCUGUUGGUUGCUGCUGUGUCCCAUGUUGGUGCUGUGCAUACUGACCUCCAGCAUUAUCCAGUACACUCCAGCUCAGUAUGGGAAGUACAAGUACCCAGUGUGGGCUGAAUGGGUGGGCUGGGGAAUCUCACUGGUCUCCAUAAUAUGGGUUCCACUCGGAGCCAUUCACGAGAUCUACAGAAACAAAGGCUCAUUUCCUCAGAGACUUAAAACAGCUAUGACUCCCACAGUAGACCUGGAUGCUGAGGAUGCCCUUCCAGAAAAACAAAACCUAGUCAACCCAACGUCUGAAACUUUAUUUACUUCAAUAGCAUGACAGAGGUACAGUCAAGCCUUUUCUCUGUGUCUUUAUGUACCAAACUCUGUGAUACAGAAGGGGUUUUAAUUAAGGAUGCUGCAUUUUGAUGGAAAGUACUGUCAAAAAUUUUAAUUUUAUUCAAUUUGUUCUACCAAAGGAUUGACUUUUACCUUAAGCCCAUUUUACAUAUGUGGUACUUUAAAAAAUCAAGCCACUUACUCUUUGCAGUUGACUUCAACAGUAUAAAAACAUCUGUUGCAAUUUGCAUACUAUAUACUGAAAAUCUGAGAUUUUGUCCACUAAAGUAAUGUCAAGACUAUGCAGGUCUUCAUUUUUCCUCCCCUUUGGUUGAUUAAUCAUUUAAAAAAAUGUUACGUGUUUGUUGUCUGUGCUGUGUUGUUCUUUUAUCUUGAAUAUCAUGAAACUUGUCCCAGUUUGUCACUGGUAUUUACAUGUCUUCUGCCAGUUGAAGGUAGAAGGUAGCUGCCUGGUUACAAAUUUAGAAAUGUUUGACUUUAGAAUUUGACGUCGACUGCCUGAAUGCAUCAUCAGUUUUGAUGUCUGUGAGGCUAGUUAGUCUCAUUUUGUGAGGAGCAGGUUCCAGGCCAACAAAGGGGAGAGAUGCAAACAAUGACAUUUAAAUGUUAGUUAGCACCCUGCUGCUUUUAGAAACCUUUGUUUGACCGUCACUAGUGUUCACGCCUUUACCCAGAACAGUGAGCAAUGUGAUCCAGGUUAAUAUUACACCCUUGUGCAUAAUAUAAAUUCAUCUGGGGAUUCAGAGAAUGGAUUUUGUCUGGUCUCCGCAGGUUGAGUUAAUAUCAUUUUCAGUAAUGUAUUUGACAUUAUUUAAAACUAUCUUGGAGCAGGUAACUUACAAGAGACUUAGAGAUUAUAAAUGGUGCCUUUGAUCUACUGUCAUCAAACUGAAUUGGACUAAUAAGGGUAGAUAAUCAGCAGGAGGGCUACACUAACUUUCCAUUCAAGUUGUGUCCCAUACUCUAUUGACUCAAAGCCUGCAGUUAAUCACUGACUGUUUUAUCUCACACUUCCUAACAGAGAGGGAAAAAAUUCACUCUGGUGAAAACAUGAUUUAUUUUAAAUCAAGCUUUAACUUUGAGAUUUUACAGCAGUGUUUAGUAACAUUUUAAAAAAAUGAUUGACCACUUUCUGAGAGCAGGAGAUGUUGUUGGGUUGUACCAGGUCUUUUGAAAGCUGAAAUGAUGUAAUGUACUUUAUCUCAUCAGUGAUUUUAAGAUGGAAGUGGUGGAACUGGUUUUGGUGAGCGGUAGGACUAUAAGCUUUGAGUCACCAGAGUUUAAAACCGACUUGAAAUGGAAAUGACCAGAUAUGUGACAUUGUCUAAAAUGACGUGUCAUACAGCACAUGCUUGGCCUUUUCUGUCUUUAUAGGUGGCUUAUUAAACAAACUCUCAUUCAGGAGUGCCUUUUAUCCAAAGUACCUAAAUCAUGCACUGAUAUUAAAAGCUCUAAACAUCUGAAUAUAAUAUUACAAUGAUGCAAGGAACAAUUAGUUACUUUAAGAUGUCUCUCAACAAAUAUACUUACACUUGACAUCUUAUUUCUAGGUAACUUCUGUCACUCCACUUGAGUUGUUACUGUAUUUGUUUUCCUAUUUGCGAGUCAAGAGAAAAUAAGCCCUUUUUAACAUUUUACAACAGAAGCAUCUGUGUCAUGGAACUUAAUGUUACCUGCCUCAAGUGCCUUCAUGAAACUUUUUUAUUGUUAGAUAAUCUAUUUUUAAUUCGACAACCAAAAUAUGUAUUUAAGAUGUUGCAUCCUGUAAAUGCUGUUUUAUUUUUACUUGUUUUUUGGUUAAAUGUGCAAAGAUGAUUUAAAGGCCCUUAAAGCACAUACAGUAAUAGAUUACUGUUUACGCUUUUUAAUUGUUUCAUUGUUUUGAUGUGAAUAAAAUGCAAAUUGUAAUGGGCUGUUAAUACAAUUAUGCUUUAAAAAAGUGAUAAUUAAGUUUAAAAAUGUGCACAGUCUGGUUUAUUUGAAAAGAGGAAGUUGGGUAACCAUGUGGCAUGAUGUGCUGAAUAUGUAGGUUUUCUUUUCACCAUAACACUACACCAGGUGAUUUCACUGAUUAGGUUUUAGUUGAUCCUCUCGUCCUGAAGUCUUAUUAAUCAGUGAUCAGUGAAGUCAGCGGCUGCAGUUUGUGGCUAGAAUGAAAACUUGCAAACUCUCUGUGUGUCAUGAAACAAGACCCCGUAUCUCAGAUAGUCACUCACAAUAAACAGAAGCACUACACAUAUAUAAUUUGUGACCGUUUUGUGCUAUUACAUUGUGAGUUGGUGAUGACAGUGAAACCUGCAGUGUUUUCACAUCCAUACACAAUAACAGUGAACCAGACUAUUUCAUAUUCGUAAAGAAAGGCAGUUUUUUUUAUUAUUAUUACAAGACUCAUAUGUGUUUUCUAAUGUUUUAUGCUUGUGUUUGAUAAACAAAAUUCUACAAAUCUACACUUUCUGUACCAAAUUUUGCUUUUCAUAUUGUUAAAUGAUUAUAUGUGUAAUUUUUCUUACUCUUCUCAUCAUAUCUCUGCUGUGUGAUGAUGUGUGUUGUCAUUUUGGUAAAUAAAAAGCCUUCAUUUUU